AUGUUGGGCUGGCGAUUGGUCUACCUCAGGCGUGCCCCCACGUGGUAGGCUCUGCUUCUUCCCACCCACAGCGCUUAGCGCGUGCUUCCGGGAUGCCUACUCCAUGAUUGGCUGCGCUCAGCGGCGGCCGAGCGACUGGAAAGCGGAGUGCAACGGUGCCACGAUGGCGUCUGCUGAGGCGUCUGUCUGCGAUGGGGAGCUGUGGCAGACCUGGCUUCCUAACCACGCUGUUUUCUCGAGGCUCCGGGAGGCAUUGAAAAACCAGAAUCCCGUGGAAUCUGAGAAAUCGACUUCGGCGUUUUCGGCGUCGCCGCCUCUCCCGCCGCAGCUGCUGACUAGAAACCUAACGUUUGGCCUAGGCGGUGAGCUCUUCUUGUGGGACGCGGAGAGCAGCGCUUUCCUAGUGGUCCGUCUCCGGGGGCUCGGCGGCGGCGGCGGCGGCAGCGAGGAGCCCCACCUCUCCCAGUACCAGAGAUUGCUUUGCAUAAAUCCUCCCCUGUUUGAAAUUUAUCAAGUCUUGUUAAGUCCAACACACCAUCAUGUAGCACUUAUAGGAACAAAAGGACUUAUGGUAUUAGAAUUACCCAAAAGAUGGGGGAAGAAUUCUGAAUUUGAAGGUGGAAAGACAACAGUGAAUUGUAGUACUACUCCUGUUGCUGAGCGAUUCUUUACCAGUUCUACCUCUCUGACUCUAAAGCAUGCUGCCUGGUAUCCAAGUGAAAUGCUAGAUCCUCACAUAGUACUGUUAACAUCAGACAACAUAAUAAGAAUUUACUCUCUACGUGAGCCCCAGAUUCCCACUAAGGUAAUUGUACUCUCAGAAGCAGAAGAGGAAAGUUUAAUACUCAACAAAGGGAGGACAUAUACUGCGUCUCUGGGGGAGACAGCGGUUGCAUUUGACUUUGGACCACUGGCAGCAGUCCCAAAGAAUAUAUUCGGACAGAAAGGCAAAGAUGAAGUAGUAGCAUAUCCUCUGUACAUCUUAUAUGAGAAUGGGGAGACGUUCCUCACACAUAUUAGUCUGUUACACAGCCCCGGAAAUAUCGGAAAGCUAUUGGGUCCAUUGCCAAUGCAUCCUGCAGCUGAAGAUAACUAUGGUUAUGAUGCUUGUGCUAUACUCUGCUUACCCUGCAUCCCCAACAUAUUAGUGAUUGCAACUGAGUCGGGAAUGCUGUAUCACUGUGUGGUGCUAGAGGGGGAGGAAGAAGACGACCAAACAUCAGAAAAGUCCUGGGAUUACAGAGCAGACCUCAUUCCGUCUCUGUAUGUCUUCGAAUGUGUUGAACUUGAGCUGGCCUUGAAGCUGGCCUCCGGGGAGGAUGAGCCCUAUGAUUCGGACUUCUCCUGUCCCAUCAAACUUCACAGAGACCCCAAGUGUCCUUCACGAUACCACUGCACUCACGAGGCUGGCGUCCACAGUGUGGGGCUGACCUGGAUUCACAAACUUCACAAGUUCCUUGGAUCAGAUGAAGAAGAUAAGGAUAGUUUACAGGAACUUGCUGCAGAACAGAAAUGCUUUGUGGAGCACAUCCUUUGUACAAAGCCACUGCCGUGCAGGCAGCCAGCUCCAAUCCAAGGAUUCUGGAUUGUCCCGGAUAUACUGGGGCCCACGAUGAUCUGCAUCACCAGCAGCUAUGAAUGCCUCAUUCGGCCUCUUUUAAGUACAGUCCAUCCAGCCUCACCUCCGCUGCUUUGUACCCAAGAAGAUGCUGAAGUGGCAGAGUCUCCCCUCCGUAUUCUGGCUGAAACACCAGACUCCUUUGAAAAGCAUAUUAGAAGCAUUUUACAGCGUAGUGCUGCCAACCCAGCAUUUCUGAAAUCUUCUGAAAAGGACUUGGCUCCUCCUCUUGAAGAAUGUCUUCAGCUCAUCAGCAGAGCCACCCAGGUGUUCAGAGAACAGUACAUUCUUAAGCAGGACAUGGCCAAGGAGGAGAUUCAGCGGAGAGUCAAGUUAUUAUGUGACCAAAAAAAGAAACAACUAGAAGACCUCAAUUAUUGUCGAGAAGAGAGGAAAAGUCUACGGGAAAUGGCUGAGCGUUUAGCUGACAAAUAUGAGGAAGCCAAGGAAAAACAAGAAGAUAUUAUGAACAGGAUGAAAAAAGUACUUCAUAGUUUUCACUCUCAACUCCCAGUUCUCUCUGAUAGUGAGAGGGACAUGAAGAAAGAAUUGCAGCUUAUACCUGAUCAACUUCGACAUCUGGGCAAUGCCAUUAAACAGGUUACUAUGAAAAAAGACUAUCAACAGCGAAAGAUGGAAAAGGUGUUGAGUCCCCAAAAACCCACCAUUACUCUCAGUGCCUACCAGCGAAAGUGCAUUCAGUCCAUCCUGAAAGAGGAGGGUGAACACAUAAGGGAAAUGGUGAAACAAAUCAAUGAUAUUCGAAAUCAUGUAAAUUUCUGACAUCCCCAGGAAGAGUCACACCUGAAGUUAACACAACCGAAGGCUUAACUGAUAUUAUACAACAAAAGGUAGCAAUAACUUAUAAAGAGACAUUCUGGAAGAAUUUUGCUUUGGCUGCUCAUCAUUUUUAAUAAAUUUGUUUUAUAACUGCUGAAUAAAUGCUUGUAAUU